AUAUUUUAUUUAUUAAUUAUAACUUGGCGUGGUUUUCGGUCUUGGAAUUUGGGGUAACCAAGCGAGGGACUCUCAGGUCCUUCGCCAGGUUUCAAGAUCCCGUGUUUAUAUUUGAUUCCUUUAACACAUGUUUACCCUUGCUCUCUACAACACUAUUCUUUGAGACCUACAUUCCUCCCAACCAAGUUUCGAGAAUUUUUGUGAUCUGGGCAUUCAUCAUCAUCAAUGGAUGAGGUGUCUGGAUCGAACAAGUUGCUACUUUCCUCGUAGCUAGGUGGGCAUCGGAAUGUUGAGAGAAUUUGGGGUUUGGAUUGAUGAAUUCGGCUGAACCACAGAUGGGUUUCUAUUGAUUUUUUUUUUUUUAAAGAUUGUGUUUUUUUUAAUCUUUGAUUGUCCUGAGGAUUUUGUUUCAGAAAUCUUUUUGAACAAUGCCCUCUACGGACAAUUCGGGUUCUUCCUCUCCUCUGGCGUCAAUUGGUCGAACCCUUCGGAGUCGUAGACGAGAACGAGAACAUUCUCAUUCUCAUUCUCAUUCCACUGACUCUAAUCACGAGUCUAGUGCUCUGGAUUCAGAGCUCGAGUCCUUCCAACAACAAGUUGCAGAGCGAUUUCAGGACCUCUCUGCUGUUAGUGCCGAUGAAUUAUUGUCAAUAUCAUGGAUUCGAAAGCUUCUUGAUAUGUUUGUUGGUUGCCUUGAGGAUUUCAAGGUUAUUCUGUUGAAAAACAAAGGGCAGACCUCAAAAUCACCAUUGGACCGCUUCAUUGAUGACUUCUUUGAAAGAAGUGUGAAAGCUCUUGAUAUUUGUAAUGCUGCUCGAGAUGCCAUUGAGAAAAUCAGGUUAUGGCAGAAGCAUUUGGACAUUGUUCUGAGUGCCUUGGAAAAUCGCCAAAGGGCAUUGAGUGAGGGCCAAUUCCGUCGAGCCAGAAAGGCUCUGAUGGAUUUGGCACUCAUGAUGCUUGAAGAGAGAGACUCUGGUUCAAUUUUCUCCAACCGAAAUCGAUCUUUUGGCCGCCAUCAUUCAAAGAAGGAUCAACACCAGAGUUCAUCAGGGCAUUCUCGUUCUCUCUCCUGGAGUGUUUCCCAUUCUUGGUCUGCUGCUAAGCAACUCCAAUCCAUUUCUAACAACUUGAUACCACCCCGUGCAAGCGAUGUUGCAGCUACAAAUGGGCUUGCAAUCCCGAUUUUCACUAUAAGCUCUGUGCUCAUGUUUGUUUUGUGGGCUCUUGUUGCUGCAAUCCCUUGCCAGGAUCGUGGUCUCAAUGUCCAUUUCACAAUCCCACGGAAUUUCUCAUGGGGAACUCCAUUUCUGUCACUUUACAAUAGGAUCUUGGAGGAGUCAAAGAAGCGGGAAAACCGGAAUGCUAAUGGGUUGUUGAAGGAGAUUUGUCAGGUGGAGAGAUGCACAAGGCAUAUGACAGACUUGGUGGAUUCAGCUCAGUUCCCAUUGACAGAGGAGCAGAGAAUGGAGGUUGAACAAGGAGUUCAGGAGUUAACAACAGUUUGCGAUACAUUUAGGAAUGAGUUGGAUCCACUGGAGCGCCAAAUCAGAGAAGUUUUCCGUAAGAUCAUGAAUUGUCGAACAGACGGUCUUGACAUACUGAGUAAGCCAAAUGAUAUCGAAUAACCGAGUUUUUAUAAAGUUCUAGUGAGUAUCAAAGUGUAUUAUUUCUGCGUAUAUGAAUUUUUUUUUUUUUGGUCAUUUAGCCAGCCUUCUGCAAGGAGAAGGCUUUAUAUGGUCAGCCAGUAUAAAAGAAAACUAAGCAGGCAAUUAUUUUUCUUGUAUUUAUCUCUAUACUUUCUGUAAGCAAAAUAGUAUUCAAAUUGGAUCUUUUUGUUGAUUGGUGCUGCU